AUGGCCGCGCAGGAGGGCGCCGCGGGGACGACGAACCAGGUGGAGAGGGUGCGGUACGGCGACGUCGACGACAGCAACUUCGCGCUGCGCGGCCGCGCGGUGCCGCUGCUGGCCGGCCUGCUCGCCCUCCUCGUCGCCUUCGUCGCCGUCUGCCUCUACCUCCGCUGGGCGUGCAGCCGCCGCCGCGCCCGCCGCGACGCCGACCGCGAUGCCUCGUCCUCGUCCGCCGCGGCGUCGCCCGUGCCCGGCCUCGACGCCGACGCCAUCAAUGGGCUGCUCGUCACGCUCUACAGCCCGCCCGCCUCCUCGCCGGCGCGCUCCCCUUCUCGGCACAAGGGCGACGGUGGAGACGAGGAGGAGCAGGCGGCGGCUGUGGAGUGCUCGAUCUGCAUCAGCGCGCUGGUGGCCGGGGACAAGGUGAAGGCGCUCCCUCCCUGCGGCCACUGCUUCCACCCGGAGUGCGUCGACGCCUGGCUCCGCUCCCAGCCCAGCUGCCCGCUCUGCCGCACGCUCCUCCUCCCCGCCGCCGCCGUCGCCAAGCCGGUCGACGUUGUCAACGGAGGCGCCCCGCCGCCGGUGUGA